CAAUAAAAAGCUUUCCACAUGACAAAGCCUACAGAGAGUCUUUGAAACGAUACAAACAAUGUGGUUAAAGACAGAGGGCCAACCCCGUGUUUCCCAACGCUCUUCUCUCAGGAUAAGGUGGUGCUUCAGAGGAGUGGCAGAGACAAACAGAAGGAGGCUCAUAUAAAGCAGCACUGUGCUCUUGAUUGUGGAGGACUUACUUUAACAACACCGGAGUUACUGCUUAUUAUAAAAAAAGGAGCAUUACAUUUAUUUACCACUGAGGUUUUGAGGGGUUUUGUGAUCUUUUUUUUUUUACCUGGGUAUUUAAUGCUCUCUCUCCAUGAGGAAUCCACAAACCUCUAAAGAGGUCUGACACCGAGUGUGUUGAAGACAUCAGGAAUCCUUGUUUUUACUUUCAUUCUUCUUCCUAAACCCGGAGACAUGGUGCUCUGGAUCAUCCUUCCCAUCUCACUAACCCUGGUGUCCUUCAUUGGAACAUGGAGCGUAUAUGGCAUGGCCUACUCCAACAAUCAUGUGUGUUCGCUCAGUGAUUGGAGUGGUAAAAAUGUCUGCCGAGGGAACGAGACCAAAGAAUGUUGCAUUGUUCCUACAAUAAGUGGAAGUGGCACCUUUGCUCCAGAAAGCUCGCUGUUUACAGCAACAAUGAAUGCGGGAACCUUUCUCUUUGUGCUAUUCACCGUAUUCCAUCAUGCCCACAUAAUGGAGAGACACAUGUGCCACUCCAUGCUGAGCAAAAUGGCGUUAGCCUUUGGAUUGGUGGCAGCCGCCGGGGCCUUUGCUGCUGGAAACUGCAACCCGGAGGCUGCAACUCUCCUGCACUACCUCGGAGCUGCUGUCAGCUUCACGUGUGCCUGCUUCUACACCAUCCUGCUCUGCACCCUGACGGGGAAGUGUGUCCUGACCGGGUUCGAAAGGUUCCUCUUCCCUCUGCGCGUCUUCUUCGCAGUGGUUCAGUUCACUGUGACUGUCUGCUAUACCAUUUUUUUCGUCCAGGAAGAGUACACCUACAACCUCCUGUCCGCAGUUUUCGAGUGGACCCUCAGUGUCAACCUGCAGAUGUUUGAGCUCACCUACACAGUGGAGUUUUUCUUCUUCUCGUCCUUCAUGGUUUCAAACCUGCUGAGCAAACGCGAGGAGGAAAAGCCCUUGAUAUUGCCCAUGUCAUGAUAUAAGGCGGCCAGGAUCCAGCAGGAAAGCACAAACAGCAGUGAAGGACUGCGUAGGACAUCAGUGACCACAGUGGCUGGACCCUGGCUGAAGGUUCAAUAGCGUUUUAUGUUAUUUCAUCGCUUCAGUUUUUGACGGCUUGGAUUACGUUCACUUUUGUUUCAUCAUCUCAACUGUUACUUGAAAAAAAGGUUUCUUUAAAUUGGGCAUUUCUGUAUCUUAGGUAAUAUAUUUAUGAAAACUCUUCCACUUUAACAGCAACAGAACAAACCACAUACUUAUAGUUCCUUUCAAAAUCAUUCACUCUCUAGAACUUUUUCUAAUUUUUUCAUCACAUUAACCACAACCUUUGUUUUAUUUUAUUUUUUGUGUGUGUGUGUGCGGGAGUUUAUAUGAUACGCCAACACUAAGUACAUCUGAAAUGUGCAGUGUGGAAAUGUAUUCAGAAGCACUGAGCCGGCACUUUGUACAACAAUCAUUCACUGGCUGUGUCUCCUUGCCCGACUCGCCAAUUUAGAUGGAUUGGCAUAUUUUUGUGCAAUAUCUGUUCCAGUUUUGAACAUGAGAGUCACCACUUUUCUCCCUGAUCUGUCUGCCGUGUUUGCUUGGUCUUCACUAGUGUUCUCUAACGAACCUCGAAGGCUUUCACAGAGCAGGUUUUAGUUAUACUGGGAAUGGCUUUCACACAGAUGGACUCCAUUUACUAAUUGGGAGACUUUCAGCGGUAAUUGCUUGCUCUGGAUUUUUAUGUAGGGAAUAAAAGCGAGAAUGCCUGAACACAAAUGUCACACUUUGCCACAAAUUUGCAAACCAUGUGUCAAUUUCCUUCCACUUCUCAAUUAUGUAGUACUUUCUGCUUGUCUAUCACAUAAAACCCUAAUAAAACGCAUUAAAAUUUGUGGUUGUCCCGUAGCAAAAUGUGAACAGGGAUGUGAAUAAUUUUUCACAGCUGUGUAAACUGUACUUACCAGAAAUUAUUUACCCAAGUCAUCUGGCUUUGAUGAAACGGUUCAAGCCUGUGUGUGUUUUUUAGUGCAAUAACCUUUAGAAUGUGGACAGAGUGUACCAACAAACACAUUUUCUCUUGUAGCUCGGUACAAACCUGACGUUUAGGCACUUUAGUAGCGUUAAGAAGUCAUUACGUGUGUCGUGCUGAUAGACAGGAUAGACUAUGAUGCUCUUGGAGUCUAUCCUGCUCUCGGAUCGAAGGGCGGAGUUCCUGUAACUACCAAAGAUCCUGUUUGACUAGACAUUUAAACUGAGUGACGUUUUUGAACAAAGACUUAUGUGAUUCAUUCUCACUGAAAACACACAGACGUCAUCACCUCCUUUACAGAAGGUGUUGUCUGUGUCCUUUCCAUUACAUUACCUGAUUGUAUCAUCAGGUAUUCCAAGACCGAGUUACCAGGUUGAGUAAAUAUUGUGGUGAAGUCCUUGCUUUGCUCAUUAGUUUAAGGGGACGACCAUGCUGGAAAAACAUAAAACCAGGAGUCAUCUUGGAAAUGCUAAAUUAUCGUUCCCAUAUACUUCUUUGUUUUUUCUUUCAAAUAAAAUUAGAUUAAGAUCUCUGAAAAUGUUUUAUUGUGUUUGAAUUCCUGAACGCAUGGGUGAUCUUGUCAUUUGCCCAAAACCACGAACAAUUUAAAAUUCUCCUCACCUGUAGAGUUUCCUUAGCCUUAACCCAUAAUGACCAGGUCCUCAGCUAUUCUUCAUUUGUUGUUUUUCAACAUUAGUGUCCUCAGUCUUGCUGAAAACAUUCAGGUCAUGAAGUAACAUGAGAGCUUGUAGGAAGCGUCAAAAUUCAAUAAUAGUUGUCUUUGCACAAAGCUGUGAUGAUUAGAUAAAUAUUUUGCCCAACAAACCUCUGAAGGCUGCAUUUAUUCCUGUUGCACCUUUUCACACCACAUUUUUUUUUUUUUUUUUGUUCUAGACAACUUUCUAUAAAUAUGCAAGGAUACAGCACUCUGAACAACCAGCUCCUUUAGCAAGACCCUUUUGUUUGAUGUCCUUGUGGAGAGUGUGUCUUCUGGACACCUGUAAAUUGUCGCUUCAGUCUUUGAUGGCUGAAGCGACAAACACUGUGUAGACCAUAAAUUGGACAUUACAUAGUAUACAUAGAUUAAAAAUGUGCUUUUUUUAAAGAUGGAUUUUGGUACCAUCAAUUUUUAUUCAACAGUAUCUGGACAAGAGUCCAGCUAACAGAAGACAUGCAGCAAAUGACCUGAAUCAUACAGAGGAGAGCAGCAUUGACGUCUGUUGCCUCAGCAUAUGGUGCACCUAAAAUUAUUUUUUAAAUUGCUCUAAUAUUCAAAUUUUCUGAGAUGAAA